GAGGAUCUUUGGUUGGCGUAGUGGCAGCAGCUGCCGCCAACAGGCCGGGCGGGCCGGGUCGGGGCGCGGGAGGAGGAGAUGGAUCCGUCGCGACCGCCGACAUUCGCUCCGACCCUCCGUCACGCCAUCUUUCCCACAACCGUCGCCGACACAAAACGUCACGUUCCUUUCCUCCAGAGAUGCUGCCGGACCCGCGGAGUUACUCCAGUUUUUUGUGUCUAUCUUCGGUAUAAACCAAGUUGCCAAGCCGGGCAAAAUGACUCGCCGUUUAGGUUGCCCGGCGGCAGUUUGAGUGGUCAUUGGCACCCGGGCAACCGUGAAUUUCGAGCCCUGUAGCUUCCGCUUCCUAGAGCACAUUUAUCUGGUGUGUAUCUGACACGAAGGAAUCAAAUACACAGGACAAGAUGGACAAGAUCAGCUGGAUGCCAUUCCUCAGUAUGGCUUGUGUCUUUGCAUCCAUCUUAAGCUUUGGAAUUGGCCCAGCCGGAGUUACUGCAGUAAUACCGAGUGAGAUUUUUGACCAGACUGCUCGACCUGCAGCCUACAUGAUCAAUGGCUCCCUGUUCUGGAUAAACCUCAUUUUGAUAGGGAUGACUUUUCCAUUCAUUGUUGAGGGUCUGCGCAGUUUCUGUUAUGUGCCGUUCCUUUCUUUUAGCUUCUUUACAGCUAUUUUCAUUGGAUUUUUCCUACCGGAGACAAAAGGGAAGACCUUCCUGGAAAUUUCUCGGAAGUUUCAGAGUCUCAACUUUAAUGGUCUGCUGAAUCGUCCAUCAAGUUUGUGAGAGCAAAAUAUAGAGAAAAUAGAUUAAGUAAUCGGCACGCAUCAUGUAUAUCUGUUAUCAGUCAUCGCAUAAUAUCUUUCUGAAGACUGGUCCAGGAUUUCUGCUAUUCUUCAAUCACAUGUCCCGGGAAGAUUCACUUAGUGUGUUUAUUGAGGCAGAAAAAUUGGAAGUUACCCUCAAAAAUCAAUACAAUAUUUUGUUUCGAAGAUAGAUACAAUGCUGUAGUGGCUCAGUGUGUCAGGCAGCAUCCCUGGACAAUAGACAAUAGGUGCAGGAGUAGGCCAUUCGGCCCUUCGAGCCAGCACCGCCAUUCAAUAUAAUCAUGGCUGAUCAUCCUCAAUCAGUACCUAGUUCCUGCCUUCUCCCCAUAACCCCUGACUCCGCUAUCUUUAAGAGCCCUAUCUAGCUCUCUCUUGAAAGUAUCCAGAGAACAGGCCAGAGCAAAGGAACAGGUAAUGUUUCGGGUUGAGACGCUUUUUCAGACCAAUAAUUAAAAUAUUCUGCAUUUUGCUGCGGGGUUUCAUGUUCAUGAUGCUUCAGAGUUUGUUGGGGAAGCCUUUGCUCUAUUUUCUCUAUAUUUUGAUGUAAUAAAAACAAUCAACAAAAUGUUAUUCGUAGUUUGAGCGUUUCAGUUUAAAUAAUUAAACAAUCUCACAUUACAAAUUUGAUUCUGGUAAUUUCAGAAGUAGUGACAUUUGUUGCUCUUGGUGAUAAACCAAGCCUUCUUUGGAAGAUAGCAGAAGAAGUCUCUACAGAUAUCUCUUGAGAUUUGAAAUGGAUGUUUAGUUUAUUAUUGUCAUGUGUACCGGGGUAAGGUGAAAAUCUUUUGUUGAAUGUUUACGAGAAUGAUCCCAGGAAUGAGUAGGUUAACAUAUGAUGAGCGUUUGAUGGCACUGGACCU